AUGACGUUGCCUUAUCCCACCACUCACCACCUCUUCCCGUCCCAACCCGCCAUGAAAACCUCACGAUACGCCAUCUCUCGACAAAAGGCCUGCCAGCAGUGCUCCAUUGCCAAAGCCCGCUGCGACCGCAAGGAGAGAUGCUGCUCGCGUUGUGCCCUGCGGCAUCUGCCCUGCCUCUACCCCCAUUCGCAUUCCUCGACAGCCGCAGCCUCGAAACACCUCUUUGGCGACAGCAGCGACCCCACCUCGCUGCCCGCGCUGCCGCCGGACUUUCUCGAUUUCUCCAGCCCCGAUCUCAUCUGCCCGAUCAACGCAGAGGAAAUCAGCAACCGCUGGCUCAACGCGUACAUCCCAAUCCCUGGCCAGAGUGUCAAAAACUACCCAGCCACUGUGUCCGCUUUCAUCUACCGCCUUCUCAAGUCUUACGCCGGCAUGGCCGUCCAUGGCCGCGGGUUUCCGCCCUUUGUGCACGCCUCGCAGCUGAUGAGCCCGCAUCCGAGCCCGCUCUUGUCUACGUGCCUGAGCAUCAUCCGGAUAUGCGACAAGCCUUUGCCGGGGAGCGAGAAUGUGACUGCCGAGAUCCUGCAAAGGGAGAUGAGUAAUAUCUACGAAAGGCGGGACAGCUAUGACCACUUGUCCAUGCUGAGCGCAUUCCAGGCCUUUCUCAUGUACACCAUGGCUCUCUUCUUUAGGUUGAGCCAAGGCAACAACCCUUUUCUUCGCCAGGCUAUGAUGAAUCUACAAGAGUUGGCGUGCCUGGCAGCUCGUCAAGGCUUGAUGUGCCUGUCGGAGCAGCAGCGAGCGCGCCCUCGGUGGGAAAGCUGGAUCCUUGCCGAGGCUAAACGGCGGACGCUCUACACAAUGUAUCUGUUUGAUAGCGUUCUCUCAUCCGAGGAUGGGCUGCCGACCUUCCUUGGCACUGAACUGACAGGGUUGCCGGCAGUAUCGAGCAAGACGCUGUGGUUCGCUCAGACACGCCGCGACUGGGAAGCUGCAUAUAAUGUGCAUCUUGCCGCGUGGGGUGAGGGAAACCUCCGCAUCAACGAGUUGUGGCCUAUUCCCGAAGGGCUGGGUGAUUCACAAGUUGCCAAGAGACGUCAUAGGGUGGACAGCUGGCUGGAGGAUCUGGACGAGUUUGGCACCAUGCUCUAUGCCGUCACUAGCUGCACACACGGAGGGUGA